GAGGAAAAUUGUCAAGAGAUGGACAUUCGAAAAAUAGAAAAUCUCCAACUAAACCGAAAGAAUUGAAACAUUUUCGGAUUUUUUCAUUUCAGAUGCGAGCAGCAAACGGUUAACAAAGGUGCGCGCUCGACCCGCCUUUAGAAAUCUUUAGAUCUUGAGGUCUUGAAACGGAAAAUUCGUAACGGGCGUGUUCACAUUUCACCAGGGGAAUCGUCACUAACCCAAUACAUACACACACGGGGCCAAAAAACAAAACCAAGAUGCAAAGAAAAAACAAGAAUGUGAAGGAUGCUUUGAGAGAGACCCAAGUGAAAACAGAGCUAAGUGAAUGCGUUGUCGAGUAAAUUGUGUAAUGCCGAUCGAGAAGUGUGCGCAGGAGUGGUAGGACUACCGCCGAAGUCAAUCCAAAUCCGUAUCCGAAAUAGCCGCGCCUCAUAAAAGCACUACAUAAAACAUAAGUUGGAGGAACGGCAAUUUGAUGGCCGGCACGGGCAUUCUAUUAAUAUUGAAGAAGCGGAUAAACAUCCUCGGCCGUAAGGGUUAGCCCCAGCCUCUAGCCUCUAUAAUUAGACUCCCUGGGACGGUGCUGGGCCACUGGAUUAUGCGUGAAUCACAGCCACAUAUACGUACUGGUCAGGCGGAUGAUAUUCCGAUUCUAAUUCAAAUUCAACAACAAACGGUGACAAUUUAUGGCGGCAGCGUUUCAUGGAACAAAUGAAAGUUGAACAACAAGAAGAUGAGCCGAGAAGGCUUAGGAAUCAAAUGUUUUCGGUGGGCUGGUGGCCCGUGGAGGGAGCAGUUUAUGGCCGAUGAUGAGGCCCCGGACCAAAGAGGCGUAUGAGUGAUUAUGUGUGGAAUAUUACGCAUCAAAUGAGUGGCCACGAAAGCGAUUGCAAAGUGCUAUGGAAUGGAUUGUUGGGUCGACAAGAGCCAGGCACUUGGACAACAAAUCAAAAUAGACAGCCUGGCGAGAGCGUUUAGCACAGAUCUUUAUUUUUUGGAUGGCUAUUUAAAACGCGGCAGCAACAGCAACUACAAAAACAACAACAGCUACAGCUAUGCAAGAAGAAGAAAGGCUGAAAAACUAAUUUCGGAAAAUCAAGUAAAAACUAAACGAAAUACCAAAGAGUUACGGAAAAGAAGGCUGCCUGCCUGACUGUCACGACACUUUCUUGUGUGAACGAGCGCCAAAAAGGCCGCGCCGCCGCCACCACAGCCACCCCCUCCUGGCCCUCUUUCCUCCAUCCCCAUGUGUCCAUCCCAUCCAAUACCCAGCAUCCAUUGUACCCCAUCAGCCGACCUCCACCAUCCCAUCCAUCGUCUCUCAAUAGAGAAAUGCUUAGAUGCGAUUUCUGCCGCAGUGCAUGCAUAAUGGAAUGAAGAAAAUUCCGUCCGUCUGAAGCGGCAGCGACUGCGGCAGCACAGGCAAUACAAACAACAAUCACACGCUGGGCUAGCCUGGCUGCUUGGUGCCUUGGGCAUCAGAAAAAAACACGGAGACGGACACGGACACGGACACCAAUACGGUCACAACCACGGACACGGACUCGGACUCGGACUUGUCACACUGCUGUUUGUUGGUUUGCAUUCGGUUGCCUUGGCUGGGUCCGCUUGUAGUUGGGGGGCCUCCAAUGGGCGGCAGUGCAGCAUAGACUGAGAAAGCUCAGCAGCGACUCUUGGUCUGGCGUCUUAAAAAUAGCCCUCGGACAAAAGUGUGAUGAUUGUGGCCACCGCCUCCCGGCCGCGCACUAUAAGAUGCGAACAAUGGAAAUUGCCAAAUUUAUAGUGCACCCAGAAACCCACAGCAGCCAAGGAGAACUUAUUUUAUUUAAAUGAAUUUAAUUUAAUUGCCAGCCAGAGCGCACACAUCGCUCUGGCCGCCUGCACCCGCUCGGUGGUGUGCGUCUUAGCCGCAAUCUAGAUUCGUCUGGGAUGUCCGAGCUGCCCGACUGCUGGGCGAAUGUUGACUUGGCUAACGAAUCGCUGACAGGCAGCGCUGUCCAAGGAAUGCUCCCCGGCACCUAGUCGAAGGCCCGCCGGGGAAGGCCAUCUGUCCCCUGGGAGAUGAGGGGCCCCCGAUCCACCCCGGCGUAUGAGUAAUAACUACAUGGAUAGCUGGCAAUAAUACGUAUACGCCCCGAUGGGCGCAACCGUCGAAGAGCUUUAAUCGAAGAGGCGAGGAGCGAAGCGGGACGAAAAGUGUGUUCGCGAGUGACAAAACACCCAACAAAUAAACAAACCCAAGCGCAAACAAACAAAUUAUGAUGAACCAAAACAAAACCGAGUGGGCUCUCGCGAAAGAUUCUGUUUACCUCCCUGACAUCCCCAAGACACAAAUGAAAACAUUGCCGCCGGCGCACUAAUUGAACUUCCCGUCUUUUGCAGCUGGUCCAUGCGAUCCAACCCAGAUGAACGAUGGAACAUGUAAAUAGCACCAAUACCAGACAGCCGCACCAGCCCCUGCAGCCAAGUCAGACCAAUCAGCUGAACCAGCUCAGUCAGUUCGAGCAGCUGCAGCACAAUGAGAGCCAGCAGCAGUUCUGCCUUCGGUGGCACAAUCAUCAGGCUAGCCUUCUGAGCACCCUCCCGGUGCUGUUGGACCAGUCCCAUCUGACGGACGUCACCAUUUCCGCGGAGGGGCGCCAACUACGGGCUCACCGCGUCGUCCUGAGCGCCUGCAGCAGCUUCUUCAUGGAGAUCUUCCGGGCCCUGGAGGCGAGCAAUCACCCAGUCAUCAUCAUCCCUGGAGCCAGCUUCGGCGCCAUUGCCGCCCUGCUCACGUUCAUGUACUCCGGAGAGGUCAACGUGUACGAGGAGCAGAUUCCCACGCUGCUCAAUCUGGCGGAGACUCUGGGCAUCAAGGGACUGGCCGAUGUCCAGAAUAACAAUCUGCCGAAGACGUCGAGGCCCGGAGUCUCAUCCUACAUGGAAUCUUCGAACGCGAAAUCUUCAGAGUUCGAGCGUCCCAGCACGCCCUCACCGGCGGCCACGCCCACACCCACCCCAUCUCACACCCCCACCCCAAGUAUGGCCCUUCCCCUCCCCCAGCUCCCGAGUCCUGCGCUGAGCACGCCUCUGCUGGCCAACAAGCUGGGAUCGGUAGGUGCGGCGGGCAUGGGCAAUUCUCCCCUUGAGAACCUCUUCAAGUCGCUGCAGUUCUACCCCAGCCUGCUGCCGCAGCCCCUAAACUUUUCCCAGACGGCGCUGAAUAAGACCACCGAGCUGCUGGCCAAGUACCAACAGCAGUGCCAGCUGUACCAGAGCGGAAUCCAGGAUGACGACGUGGACUGUUUUGGAGCGAAGCGACUCAAAGGAAGCAGUCCUCCCAAGGAGCUGCGCCGACUGGACAAGACCCCUGGAAAAGGGCCCAAGACAGCGGGCACCAACAGCACUAGCAAGUCGCCUUCCGACUGCGCCAAUCCCCACCCCAUAGUGGCCACCUCACCAGUCACCCUGGCACCGCCAGCCAUGGCACACUUCUCACCCCAGCUGCCGGUUGUGAAGUGCUCUUCGGCCAGUUACCCCACCUCCUUGACCGGCGGCCACCUGUACAGCAGCAAGCCGCCCCUCUACAGCGCCGCCGUCACGCCCACGCCGUCCCAACAGGCGUCCCAGAUGCACCAUCCUCCGGGAACUCCAGCCACGCCCUACAUAUCACCGGAGGACCACGCCAAGCUGCAACUCCACAUCGAGCAGUAUCAGCGGGAGGCGGCUGCCGCGGCGGCAGCAGCGGCCGCUGGCGGAAUGGCGUUGGUCAGCGCCAAGUCAGAGCCGAAUCUGCUCUCGCUCAGCGCCGACCGCGACAAGCCGCUACCGCCCGCCAACAUCAAGCCGCCCUCCAACUCGAAGCUCUACGCCACGUGCUUCAUCUGCCACAAGCAGCUGAGCAACCAAUACAACCUUCGCGUCCACCUGGAGACCCAUCAGAAUGUACGGUACGCUUGCAACGUCUGCUCCCACGUGUCCCGCAGCAAGGACGCCCUGCGGAAGCACGUCAGCUAUCGGCACCCGGGAGCGCCGUCGCCGUGCGAGAACGAGGCAAGGCGGAAGCGCGUCUCAAAGCCGGCAGGAGCGACGCCCACGGUCACGGCCCUACCGAUGCCCAGCCACACAAUGACCAGCGGAGGGUCGGGCGGCGCAGGGACGAAUGCGGCGACUACUGGUCAGGAGGGAGGCAAUCCGUAUCUCUUCCUGCCCAACCAGUUUCAGAUGGCUGCAGCUGCAGCUGCUGUGGCGGUGUCCGAAUCAUCGCCAGCCUCCGGAGCGUCGCUGGACCUGGGCCACGAGGCGCCACUGGACAUCAAGGUAGAGCGGGAGCCGCCUCCCGCCAGCAAUGGGGCGUCGGCCGGCAUUGAGACCCCGGCUGCGACCACCUAAGGGAAAUAUGUUUAAAUUUGAAUUUUUGAAUUCACCGCACUCACACGCACACAGAUACAAUGAACACGUCCGCCCACACAUACAUAAGUGAAAGCAUUGGCGUUGGGAACCCACAAGGCAGCUCCUUCUGCAACGCGACCGCAGGACCAGAACCCAUGAAGCCUUUCGAUGUCCGCGUUCUGCAAGGCAAGGCUUCAGUUCUAGUGUCAGGCUUCGGCCUGUUUUCAGAGCCCGUGGCAUCCAGCGCCAAUGGCAACCUCCUAGCCCCACCGAAACCAACGUCUUAGACCCGGCUGUGAUAAUUAGCGCAAUUCGUUUCUCGCCUUCUACACACAUACACUCGUGCGAACGCCUUCUAAGCUAUCUUAAUCUAUGUAUCUACUUCUAGCACAAAUUUAAGUUCUUACUUCACAUAGCCGAUGCUUGCCCGGAGGCCGAGCCGACUGCCCAGCAACCUCCGAGGCUCUCCAUCUGCAAGCAGCAACUACCUUCCGCUUUAUCACACGCAUAAACCCUCACAUUCUAGUAAAUUAAGAAAAGUUUUUAUAAAUAUUGUAAUUAUACACCAGAACACACGCACACACUUGCACACAAAAAGACAGGGUGAAGACCUAAAAGCCAAAACAUUUUAAAUGGAAUAAACUGUUAAGAAGCCA